CCCAGAGACGCCGAGUGGGCUGGGCUUCUGCGGCCUCGGGCCCUGGGGUCCGCGCUUAGAAGUGCGUCGGCGCUCAGAAGGGGCCCCGCGAGGCGGAGGGUUGAGAAGGGGCCGGGCUGUCCACCUCUUCCUGUGCAGAGAUCUCUACAGCGCCCACGCUGUGACCCCUGCAGCUGAGUGGCACAUGGAGACAGAACCAGCUCCAGGAGGAUGCUCAGGAGUCUGGCGCCCGCCCAGAGCAGGAAUCCAGCGGGAGGCCAUUGGCUGUUAACCAGACAGUCGCUUUAAUAAAGCCUCUUUACAGGUAUCGAGUGAAUGUUUAAGGGAUUUAACGUGCAAAACGGCAGUUGUACCAGAUUGGCAUACUUUGAAUCCUCACACACAAAAAUUCACUCAUUUGAGACCCCACUCUUGACCAUGUAGAGUGUAUUCAAGGAAUGGUUUCCAAAAUGUGUUCAGACCUUCUUCAUCCACAGCUGUUGCACAUCCAAUACUGUCGUCCUUAGAUGUUAAGCGGAUUUUAUUUCAAAAAAUUACUGAUAAAGGAGAUGAGUUGAAGAAAGCCUUUCACCUGCUCGACAUCAGUAACAACAUGACGGUGACAAAGAAUGAACUGCGAAGAGUCAUCACAACCUUCCUGCUGCCUCUCACGAGAGAACAGUUUCAAGAUGUGCUGGCUCAGAUCCCCCUCAGCAGCUCUGGUGCCCUUCCGUACCUUGUAUUCCUGUCCAGAUUUGGUGGAAUUGACCUGAAUAUAAAUGUUAUACAGAGGGGAGGUGAGAGUGAAAUGAAUUGCUGUCGGACAUUAAAAGAACUCGAAGUCCAAGUAGGAGAAAAGAUUUUCAAAAACAUUAAAACUGUUAUCAAAGCCCUUAAGCUCAUUGAUGUUAACAAGACGGGUCUGGUCCAACCACAUGCGCUGAGGAGGGUUCUGGAGACAUUCUGUUUGAAGAUGAAAGAUGAUGAAUACAAAAAGUUUGCAAAACACUACAACAUUGAUAAAGAUACUGCAGUGGAUUAUAAUGUUGUUUUGAAGAACCUCAGUACAAAUAAUGACUUGAACCUUAAAUAUUCUAUGAGAAGUCAAGAGGUCCCAUGGGAGGACCAACGAGUCAAAAGUUCCAAAAGAGAGUACCUCCCCAGUCCUGCUUCAUCUGAAGAUAUCUGGAAAAACUGCUCCUUAGAUGAAAUUGAGAGGACCUUUCGCCAAGAGCUUUCAAAGUCCUAUGAAAAGGUUGAAAAGGCCCUGAGUGCAGGGCACCCGUCCAAACGUGGAUACGUAUCUUUGAAUUACCUAAAGGUUGUCCUCGACACCUUUGUAUACCGAUUACCAAGAAGAAUUUUCAUCCAGUUAAUGAAAAGAUUUGGACUUAAAACCACCACUAAAGUCAAUUGGAAGCAAUUUUUAACAUCAUUUUAUGAGCCUCAGUUAUUGGAAGCUGGUAGUAAAAUUCCCCUGACAAAAAGAAAUAGCAUCAACUUUAGAAAUCAAUUUCGCAAGGAAAACAUUAUCACAAAGUUAUUUAGACAUGAAGAUCACUGUGCAUCGUUGAAGAAAGCACUGCUGAUCAUCAACUCUAAACCUGACGGGCAUAUAACAGGGGAAGAAUUGCGACAUAUUCUAAAUUGCAUGGUUGUAAAAAUAAGUGAUUCAGAAUUCAAAGAACUAGUGCACACGCUUGACCCUGGGUGCACCGGAUGGGUCGACGUCAGCACGUUUAUUGAACUGCUUGAAGAGAACCCUAAGCUAAGCAAAACAUCCUCCUGUAAAGACACCAAGGCACCUCUCUUCCUGGCUUGGGAUUCAGUGGAAGAAAUUGUUCAUGACUCCAUUUCCAGGAAUCUACAAGUUUUCUAUAAUAUGCUGCGGUCACAUGACCUUGGAGACACAGGGCUCAUUGAGCGAAAUAACUUCAAGAAAAUCAUGCACGUUUUCUGCCCGUUUUUAACAACCGAACAUUUAGUAAAACUCUGCAGUAAGUUUCAGGAUAUUGCUUCAGGAAGAAUCAUUUACAAGAAACUUUUGGCAUGCCUAGGAAUUAAUGGCCCACCCACUGUCUCUCCAGUUCCUAUUCCAAAGGAUCAGCUGUUAAAUGAACAUCUUCAAACAGGGGAGCGGCAGCAGCCAGAUCUUUCUGAGACAGCCAAGCCCACUGAGAGUAAAAGUGCUGUGACCAAGAAUAUGACCAAGGAUGUGGUUAUUGAAAAACUCAAAAACUGUAUACGGCAGCAGGACCCAGCAUUCAGAAAACGAUUUCCGGACUUCAGCAAGGAGCCUAAUGGCAAGAUGAAUGUGCAUGACUUCAAGAAGGUCCUGGAAGAUAACAGAAUGCCGAUGGAUGACGAUCAGUAUGCUCUGCUGACUGCAAAAUUAGGAUAUAAGAAAGAAGGGAUGAGUUAUCUUGAUUUUGCAACAGGAUUUGAAGAUCCUAAGAUGAACGGGCCAGAAGUGAGUUCAUCUCAGACUCCAGUUCUUUCCAAAGGGAACUUGGACGGCUACUUUAUAACUGCUGAAGAGUGCCUGAGACAGUUCCCCCGGAGACUGAAGGAAUCCUUCCGGGACCCCUACGCGGCCUUCUUUAAGAUGGACACGGACAGGGAUGGCAUCGUCACCAUGCACGACCUUCAUCGGCUGCAGCACCUGCUCUUCAACCUGAAGGAUGAGGAUUUCGAGCGAUUCCUGGGCCUUCUUGGCUUGAGGCUCAGCGUCACGUUAAAUUUCCACAAAUUUCGAAAUUUGUGUGAGAAGAGACCGUUCAGAAUAGAAGACACCACGCCUCAGAGACUCAUUAGACCAAAACAGAAGGUUGCAGAUUCAGAACUAGCUUGUGAACAGGCUCAUCAGUAUCUUGUUACCAAAGCAAAAACCAGAUGGUCAGACUUGUCUAAGAAUUUUAUCGAAACCGACAAUGAGGGCAACAGCAUUCUUCGACGACGGGAUGUAAAGAACGCGCUGUACGGCUUUGAUAUUCCCCUCACACCCAGAGAAUGUGAGAAGCUUUGGAUGAGGUACGACACCGAGGGAAGAGGGCACAUUACUUACCAAGAAGUUUUACAGAAAUUGGGGGUUAACUGUUCAGUGGCUAUUCAUCAGCCCUACGCAGACGAUUAUUUCAACUUCGUGGGUCAUUUCACGAAGCCACAGCAGGUGCAAGAGAUGAAGGAGCAGAGCACGGAGAGGGCCGUGCCGGCCGGGGAUAAGCUUAAGGACCUCUAUCAAGAUAUCAGCAAAGCACGCAUCAAACUAGAUACAUCCAAAAAUGGCUACAUAUCCUUAUGCAAGAUGCAGAAGUUGCUGCAGGAGUGCGGCUGUCCUCUGAAGGCAGAGGAGCUGGCCGAUCUUCUAACCAGUUGGGGAAUCAGCUGGCAUGGUAAUUCCAUCAAUUACCUCGACUUCUUGAGAGCAGUGGAGAAUAGCAAGCCGACAAAACCUCAGCCACAAGAGAAAGAGGAGAGCGUGCCGAUCAAUUUUGCGACCCUAAGUCCAGAGGAGGUUCUGAAGAACACCCAGGAGGUCGUUGCCUUCUCCAGUCCGGCUUUGUCAACGGCAUUUUCUGUACUGGAUAAAGAGGACACUGGGCUUGUAAAGGCUUCGGAUUUUGGACAAGUUCUUAAGGAUUUCUGUUACAAACUAACAGAUACCCAGUAUCAUUAUUUUUUGAGAAAACUAAGAAUUCAUCUCACCCCCUAUAUAAAUUGGAAAUAUUUUCUCCAGAACUUCAACAGUUACCUUGAGGAGGCUGCUGCUGAGUGGGCUGAGAAGAUGCCCAAAGGCCCGCCGCCCAUAUCUCCCAAGGAAAUGGCAAACCAAGAGGUCCUGGCCCGGCUCCACAAAGCUGUGACCUUCCACUACAACACGAUCGCCCAGGAGUUUGAGAACUUCGACACCAUGCAGACCAAUACCGCCUCCAGGGACGAGUUCCGGUCCAUUUGUACUCGCCACGUCCAAGUUCUGACGGAUGAGCAAUUUGACAGGCUCUGGGACGAGAUGCCCGUCGACACCAAGGGAAGGCUGCAAUACCUGGACUUCCUGAGCAGCUUCAGCUCGGAGAAGGCGGCCCCACCGCCGGCCCCGGGCGACUCGGCCAAGGCGCAGAGAGGGUGCAGCGUCCCCAAGGUCUCAGAGAGAAGCAGGUCUGCAGGGUCAUCGCCCACUCGAGACCUGAAAGCAGGGUCCAAACUGCGGAGUCACCCCUGCACCCCCGCGAGCACGACCCCGCCCCUGCAGAACUGCGAGCCCAUUGAGAAUAAGCUGCGGAAGAAGAUCCAGGGCUGCUGGCGCGAGUUCCUGCGAGAGUGCCAGGAGAGGGACGCCAACAAGCAGGGCGAGAUCCCCGCCACCGAGUUCCAGGCUCUCGUGGAGAAAUUCAACCUGGACGUAAACAGAGAUGAGUGCCGGCAGCUCAUCGUCAAGUACGACUUAAAGAACAACGGGAGGUUUGCUUAUUGUCACUUCAUUCAGAGCUACGUCCUCCUGUUAAACGCAAAGGAAGCCUCGCUGAUGCAGAGAAUGAAACUCCAGAACGCGAAUAAAAUGAAAGAAGGCGGUGCUGAGACUUCUUCCUUUUACUCCGCUCUGCUGCGGAUUCAACCCCAAAUUGUGCACUGCUGGAGGCCGAUGCUGCGCACACUCAAGGCCUACGACGAGGGAAGGACGGGGCUUUUAAGCGUGGCUGAUUUCAGGAAGGUCCUGAGGCAGUACAGCGUCAACCUCUCUGAGGAGGAGUUCUUCCACAUCCUGGAGUAUUAUGACAAGACGCUGUCUUCAAAAAUCUCCUACAACAACUUCCUCCAGGCCUUCCUUCAGUAG